CAGUCAUGUGAUCAGCUGUCUCCAAUUACAGCUGAUCACUGAUGAUCAGUGUGCCCUAAUGAUCAGUGUAGCCCCCAGCAGUGCCACCUGUCAGUGCCUUGUGUCAGUGCCUCGUGCCAGUGCCCAUCAGUGCCACAUAUCAGUGCCUACCAGUGCACAUCAAUGCCACAUAUCAGUGCCCAUCUGAGCUGCCUUUCAGUGUCACCCAUCAGUGCCAGUUAGUGCCACCUAUCAAUGCCUAUCAGUGCUGCCAAUCAGUGCCACCUAUCAGUGCCAGUCAAUGCCGCCUAUCAGUGCCAGUCAGUGUUGCCUAUCAG